AUCAAAAAAAAACAAUUAGUAACAAUAAUAAUUUAUAGAAAAUAUUACGCCAAAUGACCUUGAUUCCAAUAUUCAAUGUAAGUAGCUUUAGAAACUUUUCUUCGCGUUCAUUCGACUUUUUAGGUUAUAUACAAUAAAACCAACAAUAUGAACGUAGAUAAACGGAACAAUAAUUUGGGUAUCAAUGAGUUUCAAAUACCAGUUCCAUGGGGACAUAUUGCAGUAAAAGCUUGGGGAGACAACAAAAAUCCACAUGUCUUGCUAUUUCAUGGAAUUGCAGAUAAUGCAGGAAGUUUUGAUAAUCUAAUUCCAUACUUAUCAGCUAGCUUUUAUUACAUUUGUGUCGAUCUUCCUGGACAUGGAUUCUCCUCGCCGUUUCCACCACAUUUACCUAUACAUUCAACAGAUUUUCUCAUAGUAUUCAAAUUGGUGGUCGACUAUUUUGAAAAACAAAAGUAUACCAUAAUAGGACACAGUUACGGAGGUCAGAUUGGUUUGCUGUUUGCUAGAGUGUAUCCACAACAUGUGGAAAAAUUCAUAUCUCUAGACGGUUUGGUUUUGUUUGCGAUAGAAGCAAAAGAAUCCAUGAAAAUUCUAAAAUCGCGAUUAGAAAAGCAUGAAGAGAUAGUUGCAGCCAAGCCUGAAACUUAUACCUACGAAGAAGCUUUAAAUCUGAUUUCCAAAAAUAGAUUUCAUGGUGAGGUUUUAACUAGAGAAGCGUGUGAACCUUUGUUGAAGAGAUGUUUGCAUUUACAAGAUAACGGAAGGUAUAUCAUAACCACAGAUCAACGUAUAAAGUCUUAUAUAAAUCCUCUUCAUGAUAUGAGAUAUAGAAUAGAGACUUUAAAGUACGAUCCCAUAAAAUGUCCAACUUUAAUGAUAUAUACUAAACUCAACGACCGACCAAGGAAAAAGUACCAUAAGUUGCUGGAAAAACUGCACGCAAAUAAAAACAUUACCGUUCAAUAUAUUGAUGGAGACCAUGAUAUACAUAACAAGAAACCGACGGCAGUAGCUCCUUAUAUAAAUAAAUUUUUGUUAAUACAAAAGUCUAAAGUAUAGUUUUUAAAAAAAUUAACCGCUUUUUCAAGUAUCUAUAGGUAGUUGUCGAAACAAAAAUUUCCAAUUUUCUUGUUUAAUUUCUGGCGCAGUCAAUAGGAUUUCAAGAUCUACAGUAAAACGACUCAAUAUCAUAUAGUGAGUUUGGAAAUAAUAUCUGCCCGGUUUGUAAUCGUAAUAAAACACGCUAAUUUGGCGAUUACAAAUUGAUACCAACAGUUUAUUGUGAUUUGUGCUAACUGACACUGGUGGGUCAGAUAGAUAACCUUUUAUCAGGGUCAGUUAUCCCUAAUCUCGAUCAUAUUAUAUUGUUGGAUUGUGAGAGCAACAGACGUUAAAAUAUAUUAUUUUUAAGCUAAUACCAUUAGCUUGAAGAUUUUACUAAUUUCGAGUUGUUUUUUACCGGUUACUUGCGAUUGUAUGGGUGUCGCCCUGAUUCGUUUUUUUCGCGCAUGAUUAUAUAUAUAAACAGAUAUUUGUUAAUGGAAUGACAAAUAUCACCACGUCGUCGUUUAUAAUCUGUGAUCAUCUUUAACUAAAUCGUGUUAUUUAUUUUUGGUACGCUCCUAACUCUAACGGCGAGUCGCAGAUUGUCGUAUGAUUAGCAAUACACACCUCCUUGAACUAGACAUGGGAAUAAAUAGAAUAACACAUCAAUUAUUAAUUUAUUUACAAACAUUUAUUAAUUUAAAUAUAAAAUUUCAUAUAUGUACCGUUUCUUUGCAUUUUUAUGCUAAUACCAUCUCCUAAUUGGAUUUCUUUUGGUUCCGCAAAGAAAAAACAAGUCUUUUUAAAAUGUAUACUAUUCAAAGUCGAGUAUACAAUGUCUUCGUAGAAUUGUAUAUCGUACCACAACAAUAAGGCGUUUGUCACUCCGCCUCUGGUGACUAUUAUAUCUUUGGAUUUCACCCCGUCUCCUUCUAAUUGAAAUUUAACCGGAGGCGAAUGCUCUGUGUACAUCAAUCGUUCUAAAUUCGGAUGCUCGUAACCCUAAAAAUCGUUCGCGCUGUUAAAAAUUUGGCGCGGUCAAUAGGAUUUGUUGAAACUUACCGAAUAUUCGUUGAUAAUUUCGGCGAUUUUGAAUUCUAAGACAUUCUCAUCGUCAACUCUGUUACAAAAUUCAAUAUACGGCGAACUGAUCAAUUGAACGACGAUAAUCAAACUCUGCGGUAUGUUUAUCGACGUUCCUAUUUCGCUUUUUUUAAAACAGCAAUUUUCCAACGAUCCAUCAACGUUAAUUGUAUCGAAAAAGAAAAUGCACGUUUCUUGACCCGCGGUGAUUUCUAAUUCGCUGACAAUAAUGAAUCGUUCUUUCGGUAUGUGAUUCACGGACAAAACGUAUUCGAAAAACGUUUUAUCGGCUUCUGUUUUGAUCGGAUGGUAAACUGUAGAACAAUUAUUUUUGGCUAGUAAGAAUCCUAAUAACGGACAGACGUUGUUAUCGACAACCUAUAACAAAAAAAGUUCAUUUGGUUUCAAAAAAUCAACAAACACGCUACCCGCAGUACAAAUCAUGCAAAAACCAUUUAUAUAAUAAAGGUUCUCAAACUUUUUUGCUUCAAAGACCACUUUCAAAAUAUUAAUGGCUUUCGAUGGACUACAGAUAACAUCCUAUAUGAAAGAAACCUUCCAGAAAUGUUUUUAGGAUGAUUGCAUUGCCAAAAAUGUUUUUAGUCUCUUGUUACUCUGUAUUUAAUAAAAGUAUCCUAACUAUUUGAUCACAACUCGUAUACUAUAUAAAAAACUUCAAGUUUAGAAGUUUUUCAUAUAGUGUUAAAAGAAAUGGAAAAUAUACUAAAAGGAAAACGUUUUCUGAAAAUUUCUGAUACUGGUAAGACCAUGACAGGGUAGAUAACAUCCUAUAUGAAAAAAACCUUCCAUAAAUGUUUUUAGAACUGUUGCAUUGCCAGAAAUGUUUUUAGUCACGGAUUUAACGAUGAUUGCAUUGUAAUAAAUGUUUUUAGUCUC